AGGGUGUAGGACUCAUCUCUCUGGGAGGUUUGCUGUUUUUCCCCGAAAUUAAGAACACGAGCCUAAGACAUGUUUUAAGAUAUCUUGUCAGAUCUGACAAACCUGCAAAAACAUUUUUUUUGGGGGGGAGAUCUGGAGCGUUAUUUCCUGCAGACGAAAGGAUGUAUUUUUGUGCUGCUGUCUUUGUUUUGUGUGCAGCAUGGCCCGGCGCUUUGUCUGUGACACGGUACUCCAUAGCGGAGGAGAUGGAAAGGGGCUCUGUUGUGGCGAAUCUCGCUGCGGAUUUGGGACUUGAGCUCGGAGGUUUGGCACAACGAGAGGUAAAACUUGAUAUUUUCCAUAACAAGAAAUAUCUUGAUGUUAAUAAAAAGACAGGGGAACUCUUUAUCGUGGAAAAGAUGGACAGGGAAUAUCUUUGUCCGACGAAAACAACCUCAUGUUUUCUAAAGCUUGACGUUAUCAUAGAAAGCCCUUUACGCAUCUUCAACAUUGAGCUUGGAAUAACGGACAUAAAUGAUAACUCUCCACAUUUUCGACGAGAUAGAGUGGAGCUUGACGUUUCAGAAUCGGCGACGCCGGGAGAAAGAUUCUCCCUGCCUAAUGCUGUGGAUCCAGAUGUUGGCAUAAACACAAUUAAAACGUACAAACUCAGUGCCAGCGAACAUUUCACCAUCGAAAUUCAGACGGGCAGUGAUGGAACACAAUAUGUCGAUUUGGUACUGACUGAGUCUUUAGACAGAGAAGUGAAUGCUGUUCACAAUUUAAUUUUGACUGCUGAGGACGGCGGGGUGCCCGUGCGCUCGGGCACAGCCAGUAUUAUUGUUAGAGUACAGGACACAAACGAUAACCCUCCUCGGUUUGACAAGCAGAAUUAUACAGUUAAUAUGACAGAAAAUUCCCCGAUCGGAACCUUAGUGAUGAAACUCAAAGCUACUGAUCUUGACGCAGGUCUGAAUUCGGACAUAGUGUACUCAUUUACCCUUUACACGUCCGAAAAAACACAAGACGUCUUCGCAUUGGAUCCUAACACGGGGGAGAUAACCGUGAAGGGAACUAUUGACUACGAAGACAUGAAAUUUUAUGAGAUGUACAUUGAAGCCAGAGACAAAGGGACACAUCCCUUGCAGGGUCAAUGUAAAGUGGUCGUCCACGUGACCGAUAUGAAUGACAACUAUCCGGAAAUUAAGAUAGAGUCCGUUAAAAACACGGUGGACGAGAACAUUCCAGUGGGAAGUGUUAUUGCUCUGGUAGGCAUAAGCGACAGAGACACUGGCGAUAAUGGAAGAGUGAGUUUAUUCAUAAAUCAAAAUCUGCCAUUUAUACUUAACCAGUCAUCAGACAGGCCCCUGCAUUACAAGCUCAUAGUGUCUGAACACUUAGACCGUGAAUCGGUGCCUGAGCAUGACAUCACACUGACAGCGAUAGAUGCAGGUACGCCGCCUUUAUCUGAUAACGAAACGAUACAUUUGCAUCUAAUGGAUGUCAAUGACAACGCGCCACAGUUCCCUCAGUCGUUUAAUACUAUACGUGUGAUGGAGAAUAACGCACCCGGUGCCCUGCUCAGUUCUCUCACUGCGUUUGACCCUGAUCUGCAUGAAAACCAGUAUCUGGUUUAUUUCAUCCUGGAGAAGGAGAUAGCCAACACCUCCAUGUCCAUGCUGUUCUCCAUCAAUCCAGAGAACGGCAAUCUUUACGCACUGAAAACAUUUGACUAUGAGAUCGAGAAGGAGUUUCUCUUCCACAUCGAGGCCAGAGACUCUGGCUCUCCUCCGCUCAGCAGUAACGUGACCGUCCACAUCAUCAUUGUGGAUCAGAACGACAACGCUCCAGUUAUUGUGUCCCCAUGGCGAGCGCACGGCUCGGUGGUGGAGGAAAAGAUCCCCAGAUCCACCGAUAAAGGCUCUCUGGUUGCCAAGGUGAUAGCCUUGGACACCGACUCGGUGCACAACUCUCGGAUUACCUACCAGUUUCUACAGGUGACUGACGCCACCCUGUUCAGUCUGGACCAGUACAACGGAGAGAUCCGGACUAUGAGGAUGUUCAGUUACAGAGAUCCGCGCCACCAGAGACUGGUUGUUGUAGCAAAGGACAACGGGGAGCCCGCCCUGUCAGCUACAGUCACCAUCAAGCUGUCCACGGUGGAGACUGCUGUCAAGGCCUACUCUGACAUGACUGAGGUGCCUCUGGAAUACGACAUCUUUUCGGACCUGAACCUGUAUUUGGUCAUCGGUCUGGGCUCUGUGUCAUUUCUCCUGCUCAUCACCAUAUUGGUGACCUGCGUGCUCAAGUGUCAGAAGCCCAAACCCAGCAAAGCGGCUGCUCCCUGCAGGAACAGUGUGAUCAGUGAGAGGAACUCCACCAUCGCAGAUUCCACUCUGGUGUCCAACGAUGCCUACUGGUACAGUCUGUUCCUAGCAGAGACCAGGAAAGGAAAGCUGGUGGUCAGACAGCCUGUGCCAAAGGGCUCCAGGUACAUCGUGUCCAGUAUACCAAGAGGCACAGGACUGACAGACACGAGUGACUCAGCAGCUUCCACUCUGCAGGUGAGAAUCUAUUGUGCAUUUGGAAUUAAAUUUAUUAUUAUGUGCCAUAUUUUAUUUCGAAUCAAGCACAUUUUGAGAUUUUUAAGCUCAGUCUAAUGUUUAUUUUUAGCAAAAGCUGCAAAAACUGAAUCGAUGUUUAAUCUCUAAAAGCAAAUGCAAUAUGUGUCAUGUUAAGCACACAGUGUUUAAAAAUGCAAAAGGUGGCGCUGUUCUCUUAAUAAAAAACUGCCAAUA